AUGUCCUCACAGAAAGCAACAGGCGGGAAAUCGAAACCAUCGCAGGCGGGAAAUGCAGCCUCGACCUCGACAGGUCCACGUACAAUUCAGACAAGGAGCCAGAGAGCUGGGUUGCAGUUCCCUGUCGGUCGUAUCCAUCGAUAUCUCAAACAACGUACACAACACAAUGUACGGAUAGGCGCAAAAGCUGCUGUAUACACAUCUGCCAUCUUGGAAUACCUCACAGCCGAAGUGCUCGAGCUGGCAGGAAACGCGUCCAAAGAUCUCCGUGUCAAACGCAUCACGCCGCGUCAUCUCCAGCUUGCCAUCCGCGGAGACGAGGAACUCGAUAUUCUCGUCCGAGCAACGAUUGCAGGUGGUGGUGUCCUGCCCUUCAUCCACAAGUCCCUCACAGCAGGAACUGGCAAGAACAAAAAACUUGAGGGCCAGUAG